AAAACAGAGGGAAUUUUGAAUUUUACGUAAACUUGCAGCAGGGACAACAACAAAAAGGAUUAGUCUGAAUUUAUGUAAUAAUUUAAUUUGAUUAAUGAUCUAAUCGAAAGUCUGUGAUAGACACACCUGAACCUUCGUUCCUUAAUUUUUAUACAUAUGAUAAAUUCAAAUGGAGACUCCAGAUUCUACAAAAUCGCGAAGAUCAUUUUCAUCAUUUAAAUCGGCGUCAUUUAUUGAUUGGUCAAAAGAUUCAGACAAAGAAGACCCCGCUUUCAGAACGCCUUUAAAGGAUUUGGAGAAAGAAGUACUUGCUUUCAGAACACCUUUAAAAGAUUUCGACAAAGAAGACCCUGCUCUCAGAACACCUCGGAAAAGCAGUCGUAAGGAGAAAGUAAUGGUCAGGAACAGAAAGGCAGAUAGUGCAAAACUAUCAUUGUCUUCCAAAGAACCCAAAGAAGAGGAAAAGACUGCAAUCUACAAGUUGUUUUUGAAAAUCUUGUUCCUGUUCCUCGCAAUCGUAACCAGUGUCAUAUGUGCGUUACUUGUGUCAAUAACUCUGAUUGAAGACCGAAAAAUAAGCAGUCCCAAAAUUGGUUCCUACAAAUCAGCCCUGGAGAAACAGGUGUUUGGCCAGGACAAAGUGAUAGAAGAUGUGCUCAAGAAAUUCACAGCCAUGUACCGAACUGCACUCGAAGGAGAUCUCAACGUCAUUCUCUUGAGUGGAGGUCCUGGAGUGGGAAAGGACCUGGUCGCCCAAAUUAUGACUGCAGAAUUUCACGCUCAAGCAGGACCGACCUGCAUCUCAUCUUCAUUUCUUCUGUUUGGCCACAACUGGCCGAUCUGCAAACGAACUGAUCUAAAUGUGAUCCAAUUAGAGACGAUCAUCAACGAAAGUGACAUUUUAAAAGCAACAGAACUGAUUAAGCAAAUCUCCAGACAAGGAAUCAAAGGCAUAAUAUUUUUGCCAGUUUUGGCCGCUAAAGCCCUGAACGAAGGGGUUGAAAACGCUGUAGGAUUAGAAAAUCUGAAGACAGUUGAAGACUACCAGGAAAUUGUGCUUGAAAGGAGCCUCAAGGUGCAGAAGUUGCUCAGCGUGAACGGCAUCAAGUGUGACAUGGUCGUGUUCCGACCUUUGACCCGGGAUAUAGUGGAAAAGUGCCUGGGACCAAAAGGCAUAUCUGCAAUCAAUUAUGUAAUGCAAGGCAGGGAAUUUGCUUUGCAAGGAUGCAAACAGCUAGAAGAAUUUAAAUUGUGAUAGUUAAAAUUUAAUAUCUUGCUUUGACAGAGAACAAUGAGAAAUACAGGUUUUCCUUAUCACAGACAUUAUGGUUCCAGGAUAGAUCCACUGUCCUUCAGACACUUGCACCCACAACCAGUGGGGCAUUGGUUUUCUUUGGCAAACCAGCUUGUCAUGUGCUGGGUGUGACCUCCGUGUCCGCACACCAAACAAAAGUUGGCUGAUCCUGAAUUAUGAGAUUAAUAAAUAAUACGUUCAAGAAAGAAAGAAAA